AUGAAAGCGGUUGACAUCAAGAACGGCGCUGGAGCUGCGGCCGAUCUCUUCAUUAACGACUCUGUCCCCAAGCCAGUCCCCUCCCCAACCCAGUGCCUUGUCCGGGUGAAGGCAUUCGGCAUCAACCGCGCCGAUACCAUACAGCGAAGUGGUUUCUAUCCGCCACCCCCAGGAGCAUCCAAGAUCCUGGGCCUGGAGUUCAGCGGAGUUAUCGAAGCUGUUGGUAGCGACCAAGCGUCAACCGGGACACAAUGGAAGGUUGGAGAUGAGGUAUUUGGGCUGGUGUAUGGAGGGGCUUAUGCAGAGUAUGUUGAAGUGGAGAUGAAGCUGUUGAUAGCUAAGCCUGCAGACUGGAGCUGGGAGUAUGCUGCUGGCUUGUGCGAGAUCUGGUUCACUGCUUUGCAGGCAUUGUACGUGGUUGGAGGCUAUAACGCUGAUACCACACGGUCAAUUCUCUGGCAUGCAGGGGCGUCUUCAGUGUCCAUAGCGGGCAUACAGCUGUCCAGACUUGCAAACUCAUUACGCUCAGAUAUUCCAGCGCCAAAGGUGUUUGCUACAGCCCGCAGUGACGAGAAAUCCAACUUUUGCGUUCAGGAACUCUCAUGUGUGGGUGCUGUUAAUACCAGUACGCACAGUAAAGACUGGGAUGAAGAGAUCAAGAAGAUGAAUGGCGGACAGGGCGUCGACCUGAUUAUUGAUUAUGUUGGACCAACUUACUUCCAGCAGAACCUGAAUGUGGCAGCAAGAGACGGUCGAAUUGUCUUGUUAGGCUUGUUAGCUGGGUCCAUCUUGCCAGACGGUGUUGAUAUACGUCCUGUCUUGAUGAAAAGAUUGAAGUUUGAAGGGAGUACGUUGCGGUCUAGGGAUGUCAACUACCAAGCCAGAGUGCGCGAAUUGUUCGAGGAGAAAGUAUUUCGUGGCUUGAAGACAGGACUGUUUAAGCAUGUCGUCGACUCUGUGUUCAAGUGGGAGGAUAUUCAGAAAGCCCACGAGCUGGUCGAGAGUAACAAGACUAAGGGAAAGGUCAUUUGCACCAUCGACUGGUAG